AUGGCCCCCACACCUGCUUUCCAGUUGGUAGAGCUGCUUGGGAAGGAUGAGGAGCAUGAUGAAGUUCAGGUUGCCCAAGGACACUACCAAGGCCAGCAGAUUGGCAAAGUGGUCCAGGAGGCGUACACGAAGAAAUACGUCAUCUACAUCGAACAAGUACACCAAGAAAAGGCAUUUAAUGGCACACUUAUCCAUGUGGGCAUCCACUCCAGCAAGGUGGUUAUCACCAAGCAAAAAGACCGUGGAAAGGAGAGCCAGGUCCCAAGUUUCCUUUUGCACAACGCUCUGGCCCGAAAGCCAAAGCGGAUCCGAACCGCCUUCUCGCCGUCCCAGCUUUUAAGGCUGGAGCACGCCUUUGAGAAGAAUCAUUACGUGGUUGGAGCGGAAAGGAAGCAGCUGGCGCACAGCCUCAGCCUUCAGGAAACUGAGGUAAAAGUAUGGUUUCAGAACCGGAGGACGAAAUUCAAAAGGCAGAAGCUAGAGGAAGAAGGCUCAGAUUCUCAACAGAAGAAAAAAGGGACACACCACAUUAAUCGGUGGAGAAUCGCCACCAAGCAGGCGAGUCCGGAGGAAAUAGACGUGACCUCGGACGAUUAA